CCCGAAUCUCUCACAUUUUCUCUCUUCUGUGUUUCACGGGCCCCUUCCCUCUCGCCCGAAACUGAACCUCUCUCUCUCUCUCUCUCUCUCUCUCUCUACCUUCCCUCCAUUUUCUCUCCCGUUGUUGCUCUUCGUUGCAUGCUGCUUCUUCUGGCUUCUCUGCGUCCGUACUCGGAGUUUCCACCAUUUUUUGUUGGUGUAGCUCUUCAUACUCGGUUCAAAAGCUCUGAUUUUUGACCACGAGGGGAAUUUUUUUUUUCUUUGGCAGAAUCGACGCACAUUGUUGGUCUUGUUGAGUAAAGAAGCAAGAUCAGAAGGUUUCUUUUGCUUAUUCAAGUCACCGAGCUGGGGUCCUUGGGAACCUUUGCUCAGGCCAAUCCAAGGCUUCCAGAGAAAUGGAUGGGAAUAGCUCUGGUGAAGCAAGUAUUGAUUGGGACACUGAAGAUGAGCUAGAAAUUAAAGACUCAUCUUUUUCAUCUUGUUCAAGUGUGACAAUUCCUGCUGGAGAAGUUAAUAGAGGCUCUGGGGAGGCAUGCUCAUCAUCUGGUCCUUCAAACUCCAACUUAAUUCAACAUUUCGUAGGGAUGGGUUUUUCUGAAAAAAUGGUUGUGAAAGCAAUUGAGGAAAAUGGAAAAGGAAGUACAGAAUCAAUACUGGAGACUCUCCUUACAUACUCGGCUCUUGAAGACACACCUCAAGAAAAGCAGGAUGUUGAUUCUGAUAACUAUUCAGAGUAUGAUGGGAGCUUGCUAGGUGAUCUGUCUGAUACAGAUAGUUGUGCUGAAAAUGAGGAAAAUUCAAAGCCUUUUUCUGACGAAGAGAAGAAAUUGUUGUUCUUGGCAGACAUGGGAUACACAGUAGAAGAGGCUUCAAUAGCCUUAAAGAGAUGUGGGCCAGACUCCUCAAUUGUAGAGUUAACAGAUUUUAUUAGUGCUGCUCAAAUGGCAAGGGCAGCAGAUGCCCAUCUACCCCAGGAAGACAAGCCAAGAGCAAAGCACAUAUUUGAUGAAUUUUCCAAGCACCGAAAGAGGAAAUAUUUAGAUUAUGAAUUGUGGAAACAAAAAAAACAGAGGGGCUGUCCAAGGAAGGAAUUGGAUGAAGAUGAUGCGGCAAUCCGCCUUCCAAAUCCUAUGAUUGGAUUUGGAGUUCCUAAUGAUACAUGUCCAGUGGUUCAUAGGACACUUUCAGAAGCAGCCAUUGGACCUCCCUAUUUUUAUUAUGAGAAUGUGGCGCUUGCUCCCAAAGGUGUUUGGGAAACUAUUUCACGGUUCCUGUUUGAUACUGAGCCUGAAUUCGUUGAUUCAAAGUAUUUUUGUGCUACAGCAAGGAAGAGAGGUUAUGUUCACAAUCUUCCUAUUCAUGACAGGUUUCCUCUUCUUCCACUUCCCCCACGGACCAUACAUGAGGCAUUGCCGUUAACCCGGAAAUGGUGGCCAUCAUGGGACACAAGAACAAAGCUAAAUUGCUUACAAACUUGUAUAGGGAGUGCUAAAUUGACUGAUAGGAUUAGAAAGGCCCUUGAAGAUUGGGAGGAUGUGCCACCUCCAAAAGUCCAGAAAUAUGUUCUUGAUGAAUGCCGAAAAUGGAAUUUGGUUUGGGUUGGAAGAAACAAAGUUGCCCCUCUUGAACCUGAUGAAGUGGAGAUGUUGUUAGGGUUCCCGAAGAACCACACCAGGGGAGGUGGAAUAAGUAGGACUGACAGAUAUAAAUCACUUGGCAACUCAUUCCAGGUUGAUACAGUGGCAUAUCAUUUGUCAGUCUUAAAGAACAUCUUCCCAGGUGGGAUGACUGUAUUGUCCCUUUUUUCUGGGAUUGGAGGUGCUGAAGUUGCACUCCAUCGGCUGGGUAUCCCUCUGAAGGCUGUUGUGUCGGUUGAAAUUUCAGAAACAAACAGAAACAUUGUGAGGAGUUGGUGGGAACAAACUAAUCAGAGGGGAAAUUUGAUUGAUAUUACAGAUGUGCAGAAUCUGACUGCUGACAAGUUGGAGCACCUGAUCAAAUCCGUAGGUGGAUUUGAUCUCGUCAUUGGUGGGAGUCCUUGCAACAAUCUCGCUGGCAGCAACCGAGUAAGCCGAGAUGGAUUGGAGGGCAAAGAAUCAGCUCUUUUUUAUGAUUUUUACCGUAUUUUAGACUCAGUUAAAUAUAUGAUGGGGAAAAGACCAUGAUUUAGAAGAGCAUAAUUCAAGAUGCUUGGAUUAAUUUCUAGACUUUUGAAUCUAAUUGUUGUUUUUUCCUUUGUUCUUUUUUUUUUUUUUUUUUUCUCCAUGGUUAAUUAUUCAUUGUAAGGCUGACAAUUUUUUUUCACAUUUCCGUUUUUCCCAAUGGAAAAUUCAUUGUUGGAAAA